GAAUUUGUAUUGGGGCGUAACAGUGUGAUUAUCACAUGAGUCGUUUCUUGCGGCUCCAUCGCACUUGUUUCUCCUUUAGUUUCGUGGUUCCUUAGUAUCAGGCCAGUAAAAAGACGUAUAAAUCGACUUUCGAAUGCCUGCACCGAUCGAAAACACCGAAGAUUGGACUCCGGAAGAUCAACGUCAAAAAAUUAGUGAACUUGACGAUAAUGUGGUGGAUGUUACAGGUUAUUCGAUAUCAUAUGUACGAACCAUCUUUAUGUACAUUGGCAUCAUUUUCACCUGUGGACUGCUGAGACUUGCCUUUCACUGGUUCCCUCAUUGGAUGCUAAUGUGCAUGAAUAAGGAAUGUGCUUUAAUAAAAGCCGAGAAGAUACUUGUCAAAGAUGUCCACGGUGUUCGCUACAUACAUGACGUGGUUGUUGAAAUAACUGGAACAGCAGGUUGUGCUAAACCCUCUUACGUUCGAAAAACUGCCUCGUUCAUGCUGUCGCAAGUGUCAUGUUCUGAAAAAGAGGGCAAGAUGAUGUGUUACUUCGUUCAUAAAUGUGUAAGGUAUGUAUGGGACAGCAAGACUAAUCGCUUUGAGCUUCCAAGGGGCUGGCAUGAAACUACAUAUGAAGAAAUUCUGGACUCUAAGCCUUUGAAUAACGAAACAGUCCUUAUGAAUCGUGCGUUGUAUGGAAUGAAUGAAAUAAGUAUCAAUCUUACUUCAAUUGUCAGGCUACUACUUGAUGUGUGCUUGAAUCCAUUCUACUGUUUCCAAAUAUUCAGUUGUAUUUUGUGGUAUUCUGAUGAGUACUGGAUGUACGCUACUUGUAUUGUUGUUAUUUCAAUUAUGUCACUAUCAUGGCAGGUUUAUGAACUACGUAGAAACGAAAAGACUCUUAAAGAAACUAUGUGUAUAUCCUCUUCUGUAAUCGUUUAUCGAGAGGAAGAUGGGGUUAAAGGUAUGCACAUAUUUUAUUUUUCUGUAAUCCUUUUCAUGACUUGUAUGAUGACUACUUGUGUGGUGUGUGCUACUGAUGUCGACAGAUAUAAGUAGUAUGUGUCAUCAAUCGGAAGUGAAAUGCCUGGAGGUAGGAGGUUAAGAAGAUUGAAGGAAAGAGAGGGAAAACGGAGGAUGAUUCAUGUGGAAUCGAAAGAACAGUGAAGUUUGAGACGAUUGAGUAACAUUUACAGAAGGAACAGUCAAGUUUGAGACAAUUGAUUGACAUUUUGUAAAUAAAGUAUUUAGUGUAUGGUUGUCAGAUUUUACUAAGAGAUUCUGUGAUUUUGUGUUGAAAUACAUAUGGUUUUCCGCACUUGUGUUCUCGUUCGCUACACUUAAAUUCCAUUCGUUUGAUUGUUGCGACCCAUGAUUUCUGAUUGCUAACGUUAUUGUGCAGUAGCCUAGUGGUUGGAGGAUUCGACUUUCAAUGAUUGAGUUGGUGCGAACCGCCCUCAGAGUAUUUUCAUCCAAGUGGUCAUCUGGUAUCUUUGCUCAUACAUAAAAUAUGUACCUAAAACGAAUAUGAAAGCCUGUAGUUGAUAGAUCGUUGGAAAAUGUAUCGUAUCGUAAAAAAAUCGACCUAAAUCAGCCAAAAGUAUACUUGGUAUUUAUUGUCAUUAAUAAUUUUUAGGUCGCCUAUGUGUCUUCAAAUUUUCAAACUAAAUGGUUGAUUAUCUAUGAUUUUUAGAUGCAUAGACAUCCACUCACUUUCUAAUGUUUUUUUGUCGGUUGGAGAAAGAAAUAAUCUUUCAACUUUGUUUUAAUUUCUCCGUAGUUUGAGGGCUAAGUCAAAAGAUAUUAGGAGAUGGGGAUAAUACAUAUUCAGUUGAAGCACAUUUACGUUAGUUGAACAUUGUGAUAGUAUCCCAUUCUGUGGUCGAAGUAAAGUCAUAUCAUAAAUGAGUUACACUAUAAGACCUUUAUUACCUGAUAUUGAUAUGAAACUGACUAGGUUCUUUACCUGUUUCAUGUUAAGGCAAUCUCUCAUACUCAAUCACAAAUCUAGUGACGUUUUUAAGUUAGCUAAUCAGUGUGACUUACUGAUCGUUAAAAAGCACGUCUGUUGUCCAGGGUUUAAAAGUUCCGUCCAUUACUCAAAAGGAAUUAUCACUGCAAAAAUUAGGUGUCUAUAAUAUGUGUUUGCAUAUUUUGCAUACUUUUAAAUGCGUUUCAUAUUAUACCAAUUUUCAUAAUAAUGUAUUCGUUUGUACUGAUGAAUAUGAUUUAGUUAAACUGAAUUACGUUUAUAACAUAGUGGACCAGUUGUGUAUUAACUUUCCUUGUAAGAUAUAAAUGGUGUAUUUUUGCGAGUUAGCAAGUUAGGGAUAACGGUGGACAAACUCUCAACAUAAACCUCCGUAAAAUCUGACCUCGAAAUUGUUCUAAGUCAUUUAUCAAGCAGUUUUCUUUUUUGGCAAAAAUAAUAGGCCGUCCACGAUACGCAUAUUCUGGUGUUUGAUGGGAAAUUUUAACUGUUAGUCUUCCUAAAUUUGAAUUAUUAACACUAUCAAUGAGAUCUAUUUGAAAAAAAUCGCAUGAUUUAUUUUUGUAUCGGUUAUUUGAAUCCCCAUUGAUAUUUCGGACUGUAAUUGUGCGACCCGUGCUGAUUGCCUCGAUAUUGACUUACAUCACAAGCAUCAGAAGUAGAGAUGGAUGGUGGCUAACGGUGGAAUCCUGUGCGUGCGUUCCGCCCUAUUUGGGACCUGUGAGUUGUACAUAAUUGUAUCUCAGAGACUACGUUCAUUCCGGGACUCGAACCCAGUGCUGUUCGCUUCAAACGCCAUCGCGUUAUCCACCUAGCUACUGAGUCCACAUAGCCGCUUUCUGGAUUCCACUGCUACCCACCAUCCAUUUCUGCUUAGUGAUUGUAUGGUUUGGUCCAACCGUCCUUUCAAUCCACCAAACUCGUUAUUUUAAUUCCUUUAACAGUAGAUAUUCAGACAUAAUAAUCCAUUUGUUUAUUAAUAUUUGAGAAGGAAUGUCUCAUAAAUAAUUAUUUUCACAGAAUUCAAAGAAGUGGAUUCCAUUUCAUUAGUUCCCGGUGAUAUAAUUGAAAUUCCACAAAUCGGAUGUCUGGUUCAAUGUGAUGCCAUCUUACUAGCAGGAAACUGCAUAGUAAAUGAAAGUACAUUGACCGGUGAGUCACAUUAGUAUAAUGUUACUGUAGAUAUGGAUUCAUUAAUAUGUAAAGUAAUGUCAACCAUAUUCUUAACUCAGUCUUUUGAGUCCUCCGAUAAAUUUUAUGUGAAUACACAAAUACAUAUGAAGAUUGCUGUAAAAAAUUAUGUUCUUUUAUCCCUUUUAAUCGUUUAUUUCAUAUAUUUUGGUUUUACAUAAUUCUCCUCAAACACUCCAUAAUAAUAAUUAUAAUGAUCAUAAUGAUAAUAGUGUUCCUUAUUUAGAAAGUACAGAUCCACAUACUACUUGAAUUUAAAUUUUGGUGUUUUUGUGAGGUUUAUUGGUUUUUCGGGACUGGCCACACUGAAAUGUGAUUUAGACCUGUGACCUUAUGAUUACGAACCGAGUGCAGUAACCGCUUGUUCGUUGGUUCCCUAUCGAUCCCUUAAAGCACUCUCUGUUUGUGGGUCGUCACACUACAGAUGUUGAUAAUGAUACGAUAUGAAUUAUUUAGAGUACCAACGUGAAAAUGUAUAAUCUGUAUAGUGUUUCUUUAUUUUUGUGGACUGGGAAAUAUUGUUACAGAACUAGGAUACAUCGUCAUUAAAGUCGUUCGAGAGGAAAUAGGUCUCACUGACCACUGACAAUGUUUUUGUUUUACAUGAACUACUAUGUGACGAAAUAAGCAGUGUAAUCUAUGCAUGAACAUGGAAAGAUGAGUGUGGUUUUUUGCAUGACGGCGAGAUCGUUUUUGCUCUGUGUGUGGUUGGUGUGAAACUUUGGAGAUGUUCAUCAAUAACUUUGUCUGGAAGUAGUCACCAUUAUUUUAUCUUACAGUAAUGUGGUGAAUAACAUUGUAUUAGAAAUUAAUAUGUCAUUUGUAGACGAUUUUUCCAAUGAUAAAAUUUCUAUUGUAUAAGCUUAAGACAGUUUUGUAAAGGAGAACUCAAAGUGUGUAAAGUCUUCAAGAGAUUUCACCGAAGUAAACAAAAUUCAAUGAUAUGGUUUCCUGUAUUUGGGUGCAUGGAGUAUCAAUUGUAUUGGAUAUUUUUGAGCUUGAGAAAUACUUCAUAUUGUUAAAUUAAUUUCCGUGUCGGGUUUAAGAGCAACUGUAUUUGGAUUACACACAUGUGUUUUGUGGUGCGAACUCAGUUUAUUUCCGUUACUACAAAUAAGCAGGAAGUACCCUCAUCCGAGCAACAAAUAUGAUCGAAAAGCCUAAACAUGAUUUCCCAUUUGCACUCCACUUUCUCAUCAUUUAAACAGUUUAGUACAGUGAGACACAGUGAAAUAAGAUACUGUGCUUGUUCACAGACUGUUUUCUUGUUUUUUGUGUUGUCUACACAAAUAAUGUUUCAUGUUCAGAGAGUUGACACGAAGUGCUAAUUUGAAAAACCGACUAUAUCAGUUGUUAUGAAUACUUUGCUGUUCUAAUUACUCGAAAUUCACUGGAUCAUAUUGAUUUUCACUUUGGACUUUGUAUUUAAGACCAUACUAACCCCGGUGUAUUUCCAAAUAAUAUUGUUUUCUAUUAAAGGUGAAAGUGUUCCAGUUACCAAAAUUCCCUUACCCGAUUCACCAUCAAAGGGUACGUUAUUCGAUAUCAAAGUUCAUGGUCGGCAUAUUUUAUUUGCUGGUACUACUGUUAUUCAAACAAGAAAUUAUGCAGAUGAGCGAGUUCUGGCUGUUGUUGCACGCACUGGCUUUUACACUGUCAAGGGUGAGCUUGUACGGUCAAUUCUGUUUCCGAAACCUCUAAAAUUCAAAUUCACUCAAGAUUCCUUCCGGUUUAUUUUUGCUUUGUCUAUUCUUGCUGUGAUUGGUUUGGGAGUUUCAAUCUACUUAAUGAUCAGAGUUAAUGUUGGUGUUGGUGACAUUAUCCGUCGAGCGUUAGAUUUAGUUACUGUGGUGAUACCACCAGCCUUACCUGUUGUGAUGACAGUAGGCGUUGUUCUGGCUCAACGACGCUUACUAUCGCAUGGAAUAUUUUGUGUCAAUCCAGCCGUGAUCAAUGUUUGUGGAGUAAUCAAUGUAGCUUGUUUUGAUAAAACGGGUACUUUAACAGAAGAUGGUUUGGAUAUGUGGGGUAUCAUUCCUUAUGAAGAUGGUUUAUUUGGAGAUCCGGAAUUAGAACCAUCAGAGUUGGAUAAUGGUCCUCUAAUGGAAUGUUUAGCGACUUGUCACUCAUUGACAUUGAUUGAAGGAGUUCUGUGUGGAGAUCCUCUGGACUUAAAGAUGUUCCAGUCAACUAAAUGGGAACUCAUUGAAGAAGCUGCUGAUCACUGUAAAUUUGAAAUGGCUGUCCCUGCUAUCGUACGUCCAUCUAGUAAAACCAGUUUGACGGAAAAGACUUCUGAAAAAUUCAAUGGUGAUGAUAUUCCAUAUGAAGUGGGUAUUUUACGUCAAUUUCCAUUCAGUUCUUCAUUACAACGUAUGUCUGUGAUUACUCGUGCUCUCAAUCAAAAUCAUUUCAAUAUCUAUACUAAAGGUGCACCUGAAACUAUUGAAUUAUUGUGCAGAUAUGAUACUAUUCCUAGAGAUUUCCAUUCUACUCUGUUGGAAUACACACGUGAAGGUUAUCGAGUUUUAGCGUUAGCUUGGAAACCAUUGAAAGCAACCUAUACAAAAGUUUUACACGUAUCUAGGGAGCGCGUUGAACAGAAUUUACGAUUUCUUGGUCUACUGAUCAUGGAGAACCGUUUGAAACCGGAAACAACUCAAGUGAUUGAAACUUUAAGAUAUGCCAAUAUUCGACCUGUGAUGGUAACUGGUGAUAAUAUGUUGACUGCAUUGUCAGUAGCUCGAGAUUGCGAGAUGAUCGAUGAACUGGAUCGUAUUAUUCUUGUGUCUGCAAAACCACCACCAUUUCCUCGUCAUGUUCAGUCAUCUAGUCCGAAUGAUUCUGUAGCUUGUUCUACCAAAGUUGAUCUACCCAGUGAUCAACCACACAGUCAUACUUCUUCAAAUCAUGUUAGUUUACCACUUGUUUCGUUGACACAAUCACAAGGAACAAGAAACAACAAUAGACCACGUACACACUCAAGUUUUAAUGCAGCAAAUUCUUUAUUUGAGGAAAACUUCUUCAAUCAACAAUACGAUUCAUUAGUUGAAUUUCAUUAUGCUGAAGAUUUACACAAACCAGUCACUGAAGUGACAGCUACAACUGAAACAAGAACAACGAGAAAGUCUCAUAGAUCUCAACCUGUUAAUAAUACUUCGACUGAAACUGAUGUUGAUCCGCGCACAUUCUCUGUAAGGAGUGGUAGGAAAUCUCGAAAAUUGAUGCAUCGCUUAUGUGAAGAUGUCCCAUGUGUUUCACGGGGAUGUGAACAGCAUUCCUCACCGUCUUCAAGUCCACUGACAGAUAUAACUGCGGUGCCUAAUGUUUCAGUGAAUGGUCACCCUCGUGCUUCUUUAUCCGAUCAUCAACAACAUCACCACUAUGAAGGAAGAAAGAGUGGAUGUUAUUCGAAAGAUGAUUUGCAUUCAGUAUCAAAUCGUCGUUUGAAUCCCACUCAUUCUGUAUCUAUACGGAUGCUCGAUCGACCUGAUUUCCACCUAGCUAUGUCUGGCAAAACGUGGGCUAUCAUACGAGAAUAUUAUCCCUGGCUUAUACCAAAGCUUGUAGUGAAGGGUACUGUGUUUGCUCGUUUUCGUCCGGAACAAAAAGCUCAACUGAUCGAAUCACUUCAAUCAGUUGGUUAUUUUGUUUCAAUGUGUGGUGAUGGCGCUAACGAUUGUGGUGCAUUGAAAGUAGCACAUGCUGGAAUUGCAUUAAGCGAAGCUGAAGCCAGUGUUGCUAGUCCUUUCACAUCGAAGCAACAAAAUAUUAGCUGUGUGCCUACACUUAUUCGUGAAGGUCGUUGCGCGUUGGCUACUAGUUUUGGUGCAUUUAAAUUUAUGGUCGGUUAUUCAAUGAUUCAAUUUUACUCUGUUGUACUUUUAUAUUAUAUUGGCAGUAAUAUUUCUGACCUGCAAUAUACGUUUAUCGACUUUUUUCUCAUUACCACUUUGGGUCUCACGUUUGGUUAUACUCCGGCGUAUCCUCGUCUCUCGGUGGAACCUCCUGCGAUGCGACUAGUGUCAACUGUGACCUUGUUAUCAUUGGGUUUGCAGUUACUCACUUGUGGUCUUGUACAAUUUUCAGUCUUCGUGUUUACCCGACUACAACCAUGGUAUUUACCACUGUUUACUUAUCAUGAAGAUUAUGAAUUAAAAAAUUAUGAAAGUACGGCCAUAUUCUCCGUAUCUGUCUAUCAAUAUAUCAUAUUGGCUAUUGUAUUCUCUAAAUCUGCACCAUAUCGUCGGUCAAUUCUUUCUAAUCAUUUAUUCGUUGUCAACCUUAUUGCAUGUAUUGCUGGAUCCUUAUACUUAACAUCUCAUCCAGCCCGUGUGGUUCGCAAAUUAUUCGAACUGUGUCGUUUCCCUUCAGUUUAUUUUGUAAUAAUUCUUCAUGGAAUAGUAUUGGGGAAUUUACUAUUUGGAUAUAUUUUGGAAUCGAUCGUUGAUGGCGUUUCAUUUCGACAACGAAUACGUCAUAUUCAACAUGCUUUAUUUCCCAGUAGAACGCUAAGAAGACAGAGUUCGAAAUAAUAUAAUGCAAAUCCAUCACAUUGUUCAGAUCAACUUCGGGCUCUCAUUGUUCUAUCAAAACAAUACGAUCAUAAUGUUGUAGAAUCUAUUGCAACUUGAAAAUCAAUCCGUACAACGUAAAUAUUGUCUAUUGUAAUGAGAAACGCUUAUCAUCAAUACUUGCAUUCCAAGUAAAACGACCCUUGAAAAUCUCAGGGAAUAAAUGAUAUACUAUGUAAAGAAAAUCAUCAUUUUCAAUAUAGAGUUGUGCAGAUCGUUGAUUUAGACAACGAUUGAAAACGUGAAAGCACUGAUUGCCAGAUUUAUCCCAGAAUGAGGCUCUUCAGAAGUGUACAUACACGACCCUCUCAGCAGGCAAUCGAACCCAUGACUUCCGGUUUCACCCUCAAGCGCCUGCCCUGUAAGUCAACUUGACGGCGAUUGGUCUCACAACCAUACAAUGUUUUACCUAUUAUUGCUCGUCUAAUUAGCCGAAUGUUCAUAUCAUUCACUUUUCACACUUCAAAGUCGGUAACAGUUGCCAUAUAAUAAACAUUUUCAGCAAAAUGAUAUGUUCUGUCGACUAGUUGGAUAGUACAAGAAUUGUACCGGUUGUUUAAUUAGUUAAACCUUUUGAAAAUCCUUGUUUGUUUUGUGUGUUAAACAAAUACUUGGGAUUGUUCUUCUCUAAUUGUUAUCCAAUAGACAUGUUUCACGUAAAGACUAUGAACACAUUCGUGAUGAAAUAGGUAGAUUAGCUGGAGUGUGGCCACCAAUUAUACGAUCUGCUAGUGUGCAAACGUUACCAAGUGAGUUGUUCAAUGAAAGUGAUGUUGUUGGACAAACUGUACAAACAUCAAGAAAACGCUAUAAUUCAAGACUUUCAACUGACAGUGAAUCUGAUGAGGAUUGUAUUCCAGUUACUUCUGAGGAGAAGGCUGUCCUGUGUAAUAGUUUACGUGAUAAUAAUAUUAUUCAUCAACAAGUACAAUUACAUUACAAUACUCAAUCUCCAUUUCAACCGUCUUGUGUUUUUGAUACUAUGCCGAAAAGUGCGAUCGGAAAUUCAUUUAACAAGAAACGGACACGUUCUACUAGCACCCAUAAUCGCCAUUCAUUUAACACUACGAGAAGCCUUGGAAGCAAAGGUAUCAAACGCAAUACUUCUAAGGAAAACAGUUCUACACAACAAAUGCCUGCAGCACAUCAAAAACUGGAGGUCGGAGCUCUUACUCCGACUCAACGAGCUAAACACAUUCGAUCACAGAGUGGGCCAAAAUCACUUAGUUCAAAUACCGUCGACGUUCAGUCGGACCCAUUCCAAUCAGCUACUUACCACUGAUAGGAUAGGUUUGUCGGGGAGUUUUACGUUGUUAGUCUUUCGAUGUAUAUUAUGUACUGUUAUCAUCAGCAGACGAUUUCAAAUCAAUAACUGUAUUUUCUCCUAAAUCGCUGUACACAAUAUGAAUUGCUUUUUUCUCCUGUCCCUAAUUCGGAUGGUUCAUUUUCUCUUGACUCUUACGUUAACCUGUGAAAAUCUUUCUGUCAUGUCACGCUUUUUCUCUCUCUGUUAUAUUAGCAAGAAUAGUAACCAGAAACAUAUAUAAUUCAUCCAUCUGAAUUUUCAUUCUUAUUCAUUAUCGUUUUACUGAAUAGAGCAGAACUAUCAGUUUUAGACAGAAAACAAAAGAUCUUUCAUUAUCGAUAAUCUUCUCGUUUACGAAUGUUGUUUUCAUUUUGUUUCUCGACACAUGCAGUCUAUCAGUAAUCCCAUUACUAUAUUAUUCGCUCACUCUAGAGAAAUUCUUGCUUACAUAAAGUAACACUAACAGAAAACCAACUGUCUAAUUGAGUAGACCGUACUAUCGCGUAUUUUGUGGUUUAUGACUCGGAUAGGUAAGAAUUAUCUCAAUUCUGUCUGACUCAUGAUUCCUAUGAAUUACCAUUUUGUGUAUUUCGUAAGCAUCAAGUGAACUAAAAGUGGAACAGACUGACUGACGAGAGGGUUCAAGGAAUUCAUAGUUUUCCCCCCUUACUAUGUGAUCUUGCAAAUUAUCUAAUGUGUUUUAUGCCAUUUUAUUUUUUAUUUCCAUGUGUAUGUUACGUUCAGUUGUUAAAGAUUUUUUCUUUCGUUUUUCUCUUUGUCUAUAAAAUCGAAGUGAUAUUUUUCUUUGAGCACGAAUGUGAUGAUACAUUGUUCAUAAUCAUAAACAAUAUUUAGUUUGAUUGUUUUAGUAUAAUUAGUAGUGCUAUUAUUUUGCUAGGUGAUGAGUUGUAGGAUUCAGUAGUAUUUCUGAUUCGAAAGAAACAGAUAAUGAUAAUCCGAGUGUGUUUCAAUGAAUUGUGCAUGCAACUCACAUUUAUUGCUAAUAGUUAAGUCUUAACGAAAUUCUCGUCACACCUGACCCCUACCGACUACUUAGUCGUUUCAAAGGCAUUGUAUUUUCGUGGGACUUUUCGACCUUUUAAAUAAACAAAUGCACCGUCGUAAACUAGAAGUCGUGGUUUAGCCUUCA